CUUGGGGAAAAGCCUCGAAACUGUAAGCUUUGUAAACUGGGACUUAGGCCAAAUUGAUCUGGGACGCAAUGUCUGACGAAAUACUUUCAGUGGAUGAAGGGUCGUCAGUUGACUUGCCAUCAGGUAACGAAUCCAUCAACGGACCAAUGGAUAGCAGGUCAUUCCACACCGGAUCAUCGGUGGACAGCUCCGGAUAUGGUUCUGUGGGUGGAAGUGAGUCAGUGAGCUCGUCACCCAUCUUAUUUAAACUCCUGGACGAGACGGAUGGCCCGGAGACAGUUGACAGCCCUCAACAGAAGUGUGGGGUGUUUGGGGCGUCCCUGUCAACGCGGUCAAAGGAUGGUGGUCAUUUUCUUCAUCAGCUGCACAAGGAUGAUCGAGACCAAUGGUCCAAAAUUCGAGAUGGUGAUAAAGUGCACGAUGGGGAUGAGCUCCAGUAUAUCAACCAGAUGAACAUGACGAGGUGGAGCCACCAGGAAGUCUUAGAGACCAUACGCCACCUGAAGAAUGACAUCACAUUUACAUUUUUCCGUGAGAAGAAGGAGUUUGAAGAAGAUCACAUUGAACGAACAGAAGACCUUUUCAUCGAGAUAACCUUCAAUAUCAGCGACCUUGACUCUGAUGGCAAGGGUAUUUCUAUAGGAAAUGUGGCCUCUCACAUCAAAGGAGUCAUGAUUAAAGUCGUCCAGAAUAUUUCGUAUAAAAGCUCGCUGAAUGUUGUGUCAUUUUCUGGGUCGACGGAAGUGAAAAUUGGUCAUGGUGCAAUGACACAACGCUAUCUCCGUGCCAAACAAGAUGAAGUUGACAUGGAGCGAAGAACUUCAGACCAGAAACCUUACUGUUUCCAGAUGCACAGCUACGUUGUUCAGGACAGGGAAGAUGCCGACCCUAGAAGUCUGGAACGUAUGGUGGCAUUUCAAAGCUGCCUAAACAAUAAGUUCCUGAUGUGCCAGAAGAGCUCAAAGAAACUCACACUACUGGAGAUUCAUAUUGAUGACAACCAACUCCAAGUGAAGGCUGCGAACAGUCCGUGUUUGUUUCUCAUGACGGAGAACGGUAGCGAAGACUUCUACCUGGAAUCUGUUGCCUAUGAAGGACACUUCCUUGGCUUCGAUGAGGUUGACCGUCUCGAGCUGACACAUCUGAAGAAUUCUCCAGCUUCUCCAAAGUUUCAAGAGACUGACGUUAUUCGUCGGAACUACACCUUUCAUAUUCACUAAAACAACCAACUUGAGAUGCAAAAUUGUCAUUUGGCCUGCAUCUGAUGCGUAAAGCUGACAUGCGAUAGCCUGACAGCACAGCCAGCCCUACAUGAUUGGAUUAUCACACAAUGUGGAUAAAAGAGGGUUUGUUUUGUGAUCACAUGUAAGAAUACAUGUGCUAGAUGAUUGUUAAUUUGUGAAGAGGUUAUUUCUUGUUUUGUUUCAUAUAUGAAACGUCCAAAUGUCUGGGCUUUAAAUAAUGCGGCUAAAGGGGUCUGCAGCAUCCCCAUGUGUCUAAAGUCCAAUGUACUUACAGUUUAAAACAACAUGAUUUGGUCUGAUGGUCAGGAUGUGGUAUAAAACUUAUUUUACCCAUAAUAACUUGUCCAUUUACCAAAGUGUAGGCAAUCUGGCAAAUGGAUAAAAAUGGAAUAUAAUGUUAUUUUUUAUGUUGUCCUAUUCAUCUAUCAUUUUAGUUUUUGGUACAAAAUGAUCAGUCAAAUCAUAUCACAGAAAUUCUCAACUGGUGAAUGGCAGUAUGAAUUAUUUAAAUUCACAAUAUGAAAUUCAUAUCUUUGUGUCAUGUUCACAUUCAAAUUCACAGACAAGUCACCAAGGUCACAGUUCACAAACUUUUUUGCUAAUUUAAUCAAUUGUGCAUCAGUGUCUUGGAACUGUAAUAUGUAUUAAACACUGAGGAUGAGGCAAGUUAGCAAUGGGUGAUUAAUAUGUGGACAGUCAGUUAAUUAGCAGUAUUCACAGACAGAAUUUACAUUUGUUGUACAUAUUUCAGACAUUUAUUUUCAUAUUUUGACCAUCUGUUAUAAUAAUUGUUGCUGUUGUGGAUAGUCAUGACAUAUUUUCUACUAACAAGGUCACAGUGACAUUUAAAGUAAACCACAGUAUCCAAAGGAUAAAAAGUCAUAGUGACAAGUAGGUCAUGGUGACAGGAGUGUAAAAGGUCACAGUGACAUUAAGGAUAAAAGGUCACAGUGACAUUUCAAAGUAGGCCAUGGUGACAGAAGGAUAAAGGUCACAGUGACAUUAAGGAUAAAAGGUCACAGUGACAUUUGAAAGUAGGCCAUGGUGACAGAAGGAUAAAGGUCACAGUGACAUUUGAAAGUAGGCCAUGGUGACAGAAGGAUAAAGGUCGCAGUGACAUUAAGGAUAAAAGGUCACAGUGACAUUUCUUGGAAAUGGCAUGUGAAUCGUACUUACAUAGAUGAAAUAAAUCACCUGCUGAUCCCUCCUCCCACCUACAUGUCAUACCUACGUAACCACACAGCCUCAGCAUCCUAUGACGGCCUCGGGAUCAGCCAUUUGAUGUUCUGGAGCGGCCUGGGAAUUAGUAAGGAGAUUGAAUAUGUGUCAGCUGCAUCUGAAAAAACAGACAUUGUUUUAAUUAAAACUAUGGGUCUAACUAUAUUUAUAUUCGUUUUAAAAUAAUCUUGCAACAAUGUAUUUUUGUGCCAGGAAGAUUGUUGGUGUUUUUUUCUGCUGUCUGAAGCAUCUUUAUCUUUUUCAAAUAUUUUCUGGAACAAUUUAUAUAUUUCAAUAAAAUCCCAGGUGCUGAAACCACACCCAUUUGAGUAAGGGAUAAUUUCCUUUUCAUCAUUUAAAUUCAGUAAAAUAAGAACAAAAUUGUGCUGUAACUUUCAGUGUGGUCAGUGUAAAACAAUUAAAUACUUUUUGACUAUUUCCUUUCCGUAUUUUCCAUGUAUAUAGUUUUAAAAAAAUGUAUCGUUUUCACAUUUCAUUUGAUGCCAUGUAUUGUUUAUUGUUGGUAGACGUGUUCAUAGAUAUGUUGUGAUGUAAUAAUCAACUUGGGAUACCGAGAUCUCUGUGAUUUGAUCUCUUGACAUAGACAUUCGGUUUGGUAUAUCACAGCAGUAUUCCUAUAAAGCUUUGAGAAGCAGAUAUGAUUUACUAUUGUGACUGUUGAAUAGGCAUUGUGAGCAAUAGAGUUACCAGUGUGUAGACCUACUCCUGACUGACUCCCACCUGGGUCUAGAUCUUGAAAACAUUGAAGGUUUCUGUUAAGCAAAUCGAUCAAAAAUGACCAAAAUCAUCAAAACAAAAAUAGUAUUUUUUUAUCAAUCCACACCACACAGCCAAUUUCUGGUGUCGCCUGUCAUGAUAUUGCAGGAAUAUUGCUAAAAGCGGCGUAAAACCGUACACACUUACUCAAAAGGUAACAAAAUGCAUCUGAGAAAUUUUAACUCACCUGAUAACGUAAAACCGUACACACUUACUCAAAAGGUAACAAAAUACAUCUGAGAAAUUUUAGCUCACCUGAUAAUGUAAAACCAUACACACUUACUCAAAAGGUAACAAAAUGCAUCUGAGAAAUUUUAACUCACCUGAUAACGUAAAACCAUACACACUUACUCAAAAGGUAACAAAAUACAUCUGAGAAAUUUUAGCUCACCUGAUAAUGUAAAACCAUACACACUUACUCAAAAGGUAACAAAAUGCAUCUGAGAAAUUUUAGCUCACCUGAUAAUGUAAAACCAUACACACUUACUCAAAAGGUAACAAAAUGCAUCUGAGAAACUUUAGCUCACCUGAUAAUGUAAAACCAUACACACUUACUCAAAAGGUAACAAAAUGCAUCUGAGAAAUUUUAGCUCACCUGAUAAUGUAAAACCAUACACACUUACUCAAAGGGUAACAAAAUGCAUCUGAGAAAUUUUAGCUCACCUGAUAAUGUAAAACCAUACACACUUACUCAAAAGGUAACAAAAU